AUGGCGCUCCGAUGGAUCAUGUGUGUAAGCGUUUUGUUGGCGACUGGGGCUGCGGCCACCAAAGAGCGUCAUGAGUCCUACCAGCCGGUCGAUGUCGGUUUCCAGUUUUCCACGCCAGUCAACUUGGCCAACACGUUGCAGAACAGUGUGGCAGGGCCGCUCAGCCUCGUUCUGGUCGUCGCCUUCACUGGCAUCCUAGUGGCCGGCCUCUUUGUGCCCAAAUUCACUUCGGCGUGGUCGGCCCGCUCUUCCGACGACGAUCACAAUUCUAGUUGGUGGCAUCGAUUACUCGAUCCGCUGGACGUUGAAGAAGCUUUCGAAUUCAUGAACGACCUGGGAGAUCCUUGUCGCCGGAAGAUUUUGUGUCACGUUCACAGUUUCGUCCCUUAUGCACCGGCUUGGCUCCAGACCGUCGUCCGUGUCAUCAGUAGAAACAUCCGCGGAGUGGCGCGCUACAAAGAUGACAUCAUUUACGGACUGGGAGGGGAGAGCUGUCAAGCCCGCUAUCAAACUGAAUGUCCGCAAUCGGUUGGACAACUUCUAAUGAUGACCAAACCAGUCCGUCGGAUUCUCGAGCAACAGAGGCGACACUUUCAAUCGACUAACGACCGAUACUUUAACUUUGUUUGACGAUUGAUUAUCAAUUGUUGGGCGUCUGUGUGUCAGUGGUGUAAGACGGAAGUGCAUUCAAGACAGGAAACUGGUGGAAGGAUAAUUACAAAAAAGAAAAAAAAACUGGCUUGCAAUGGGUCAUAUGUUAUAUCAAUGAAUAGGGCGAUCAACUUGGCCGGGUCGCAAAGGCUAUACUGUAAUAUGGGUCACCAUUUAUUCACUAUACCGUCUUGUAUUGGAAUUUAUAUUCAAACAUUCCGUAAUAAAUGAUGAUGAAUGGAAUAAUUGAUUGAAACAUCUGUAAAGUGGUAACGUUUUAUUUCUAAAUUUGUUAGUCUACAUGCGUGCUGUGACUUCGGCAGUUUUCCUCGGUCCGUUAAAGAUGUCAUUCGUAACGGUAAA